AUGAGCUCUAUUGGUGCAGUGAGCACCGAGUUUGGUCUUGAUGUAUUCAAGGAGCUGAAAGUCCAGCAUGUCAAUAAGAACAUCCUGUACUCCCCUCUGACCAUCAUUUCAGCUCUGUCCAUGGUCUACAUAGGUUCAAGAGAAAACACCAGGGCUCAGAUAGAAAAGGUGGUUCCCUUUGAUAAAAUCAUAGGAUUCAGAGAGACUAUUGAAUCUCAGUGCAGCACAUCUGGAAGCUUCCACUUUUCACUCAAAGACUUGUUCAGCCCAAUCAUCAAACGAAGUGACAAUUAUUCGCUCAGUUUUGCCAGUAGACUUUAUGCUGAAGAGACACGCCCAAUCAUACCGGAAUACUUACAGUGUGUGAAGAAGCUGUAUAAAGAUGGUGUGGAAACUAUCAGCUUUCAAAGAGAUACAGAUCAAGCCAGAAAGAUCAUCAAUUCCUGGGUUGAAAGUCAGACAAGUGGAAUAAUAAAAAAUAUCCUUCAACCAAGCUCUGUGGAUCACCAGACUGAGUCAAUCCUUGUCAAUGCCAUUUACUUCAAGGGACUGUGGGAGAAAGCAUUUAAAGAUGAAGAUACCCAGUCUGUGCCUUUCAGAAUGUCUGAGCAAGAAAGCAAACCUGUGCAGAUGAUAUAUCAGAUUGGUUCAUUUAAAGUGGCAGAGGUGGCUGCAGAGAAAGUGAAGAUCCUGGAGAUUCCAUAUUCUGGCAGGCAGCUGAGCAUGUUGGUCUUGUUGCCUGAUGAUACCUCUGGCCUGGAGCAGCUUGAGACCACAAUCACCUCUGAAAAACUUGUGGAGUGGACCAGUUCUGAUAUCAUGGAAGAAAGGAAACUGAAAGUCUAUCUCCCUCGCAUGAAGAUUGAGGAAAAGUAUAACCUCACAUCUGUAUUAGUGGCCUUGGGUGUGACUGACCUGUUCACUUCAUCAGCAAAUCUCUCUGCCAUAUCUUCAUCAGAGAGCCUGAAAAUAUCUGAAGCUGUCCAUGAGGCAUUUGUGGAAAUCUAUGAAGAAGGCAGUGAAGUGGUGGACUCAUCAGGAUCUAGCAUGGAGGAUGCAAGCAUCUCUGAAGAGUUUAGGGCUGACCACCCUUUCCUCUUCUUGAUCAAGCACAUACCAACCAAAAGCAUCCUCUUUUUUGGCAGGUGCUUUUCCCCUUAG